AUGGGUUUUCUGUUUUCUUACGCGCUUCUCCUAAGUUCCGCUGUGAACGCUGCGGUCCUACGUCCAAAAGAUAUCUCAGCUUGUCAGGCUAUUGCAAAUGCCGGAGUCAAUGUCUGGUUUGACCCACCCAAUACGUCUACCUCGAAUUAUGAUCUUGAACAGGCUCUUUAUUGGUCAAACGCUUGUUCUGCUCUACGACCAGGCUGUAUCGUCACCCCGUCAACUCUAGAAGAGGUUUCUACUGUCGUGAAAACGCUUAAGGAGAGUAAUUCACGCUUUGCUAUCAAGAGUGGUGGUCAUAAUCCUAACCCAGAUUGGUCGUCAUUAUCUGACGGACCUAUUAUUUCAACCCGUAAUUUCAAUGAAGUUGCUUACGACAAACAAACAAAUACCGUUCGUGUUGGAUCGGGUAACAGAUGGGGAAGAGUCGUCGAGACGCUAGAGCCGCUAGGGGUAACAGUGGCUGGUGGCCGCGUUGGCAAUGUCGGCGUUGGGGGUUACCUCCUUGGAGGCGGCCUAGGCUUUCUUAGCACACAGUACGGGUGGGCAGCUAGCGGCAUUGUCGGAGCGGAAAUGGUCCUUCCUAAUAGCACAAUCGUCAAGAUUUCCAAUGAGAGUCAUCCAGAUCUGAUGCUCGCGCUCAAGGGUGGUGGGAGCCCCUUUGGUAUCGUAACAACGUUCAUUGUACGAGCUCGACCUAUGGAUCGCAUAUGGGGCGGAACAUUGAUUUACAGUAAUGUCACUGACACCGCCCCUAUUUUGUCUGCAAUUGCUUCUUUUACAAGAAACUACGAGCAGCAUCCAAAGGCAGCUGUGGAGCCGAAUGUCCUAUACAAUAGCACCGACGAUACCGUCUCCUGGCUUAUCUACGUAUUUUACGACGGUCCUGAUAACCAAGGUGUAUUUGAUGAAUUUCUUUCAUUGAAACCAACCAUCAACCUGGCAACCGUCCGUCUAUAUUCGGAUUUUCUAAACGCCAACAGCCAAACACAGAUCCCAGGCCUUGUGGCCCAAAUCGGCACUGUUGCAACCCCUCUCCCAUACGAAGAACAUACACUGGAGGUCCAUCAGUCCUAUAUUGAAACUUGGCUUUCAGAAGUUCGGGCGAUCAAACACAUACCAAACUUUUGGUCGUUAAUGCCGACGCAACCUAUACCAAAACUACUUUCAAGGAAAGCUCGAGAAGAGGGCGGCGAUCUACUUGAUUUGGAUGACGAUGUCGAUCGAGUCAUCUUAGCAGUGGUCAUGACCUAUCCUUCCUCCACGGUGGACCAGCAAACUGAUGCCGCAAUGAAAUCUAUCAUCUCUAAGAUAGAAGACAGUGUUGCCAACUUCACAGCCAAUGGAUUGCUACCAGAGACACAUCUACCAGUAUUUAUGAAUGAUCAGUACUAUAGCCAGGAUUACUUUGGUAGUCUAAAGCCCAACAUGCGCCAGCUUGCGCAAAGGGUUCAGAAGGAAGUAGAUAGCGAUGGUUUCUUUGCAAAGAAUACGGGAGGACCUAAGGUUUUAUAA